UUGAAAGCAUCCAGAUCGUCCAGUUCCUAUGGAUGAGCUAUGGCGGUCUUUAGUGCGUUCCUUCCCAUUCCGCCACUUUGCUCGCGACGACGAUCAUGUCAAAUAUUUCGAGAAAGGCGCCAUGGAGCAGCUCGAGCAUCCAAGAAUUCCUGCAUUGUAGGGGCGCUCGUCAUCGAUGGCCCUUGCGCCAAUCCCCAAACCCUCGAGGAUUCGAUCGAUCAGGCUAGAGAAGCAAUCCAAAGAGCUGUGGACGAUGGCAAGAAAACGCAGCAGCUAGAGCUUCUACUCCCGGUGAACCAGCGAGAAUUUAAUUUUCUCGACACGGAGCCGAGGGACUAUCCUUGUGGUGUUGGAGAGGAAUUCCAGGCUUGCAGCAAAAUGGUCACCGCAAUUUUUCGUGGAAUGCAAGAAGGUGGCCAAGCACUGGAUUCACGAAGAAUUGGCGAAGUUGAGAACGAGAUGGAUCCAGUCGGAUUGAUCUAUCCUUCGUCGAAGACCAUUGCAGCCGUGGUCUUUCCUAUAGCCGAGACACUCAACCAGAUUAGAUCUUUGGUCAAGAGCGAUCCAACAAGGCCACUUCUUCUGGUAAAUCCACAGUGGAAAGCAUCGGGCCAAGUUGUUUCGGACUUUGGAUUUGGACCAUGGAAAAGGAAAGCUGAGGAAUUCUUGGAAAAUUUCGAGAGAGUCUACAGCCUCAUUGAGCAACGAAUCGGAGAAGCCUCAAACGUUACAUCCUCUUCCACUGGAGGAGUGGUCCGGCUUCUAAAAUGUUAUUCCUAUGACUGGCACGUAAGUUUGAGCUUUAGGACUACGAGAAAAAAAAUCGUCCUCAUGGUUUUUGGUGGGUGGAAACAGGUAUACUUGAUGUCCUGGGAUGGAAACAGCGAGCUCCUUGGAAAGUUUCCAAACCAGCCGACGUAUAAAGAGCUUGAAAGCCUCGUUUCACAGGCACGAAAGGCGAUGCCAUGGAAAGCACCUCCAAGGAUGCUUGGUGGCUCAGAGCCAGCACCACCUCCACUGCCGAAAUCUCUUUCAGCGCCACUCACAGCCGAUGAGAUUGAUGCUAUGGAGGCAGCGGCAGUGAGGCGUGCAUUGAUCGCCCUGGGCCAGCCAUCAUCCGGAAGAAUCUCUACUCUGAGAGAAAGAUUGAAAGAAGCUCAGCUCCAAAGACCGUCAGCCUAAAACCUUUGCGUUUUUUUAACACGUACACUAUAUAUCAGCUCUCGAGGAAGAUAACAGUGGAAGACCAAGCGCAACGAUGGAGUAAGGCGGCAGUGAGAGUUCCAUGUCGGUUGCCGCGCUAAGGAACAAGCUCGUUAUAGGCACCACCUGUAAAAAAUUCUCUAUUGCUCGAUCGUGAAUAGAAUGGACUUGGCUUACCUUA